UACCCAGAUCACAGCGCGCCGCACUGCGAUUGGAUAGCAGAGAUGCCAAUCUCCGUGCUUCGCGCGGUGAUUGGUCAGACUGGAGAGCCGUACUCUGGAGACCCGCCCCUUCAGCAGCAACUUCCGCCACUUUGACCGGAGGACCCGGAAUGCGGAGCUGAGGCAGAAUUUUCCCCUCGGUGGAAGGAGCGCGUCCCGGGCCAUGUUCUCCAAGAAGAAGAAGCGGGUGGAGAUCUCGGCGCCGUCCAACUUCGAGCACCGCGUGCACACGGGCUACGACGCCUCGGAGCAGCGCUUCACGGGGCUGCCCCGCCAGUGGCAGGGGCUGCUCGAGGAGUCCGCCCGGCGCCCCAAGCCCCUCGUGGACCCCGCCUGCAUCACCGCCAUCCGCGGGGCCCACAAGCCCAUCGUGCGCGGCUCCAAGGGGACGCGGGAUGGGACCCCCGGGGGCCGGGACAGGACCCUGGCGUGGCUCCUGGACGAGCUGGCCGCCGUCUCCGUGUCCCGCUCCAACUCCCUGCGCCGGGACAGCCCCCCCUGCCCCGCCCGGCACCCCCCGGAGAACGGCCUGACCCCGGGACCCCCCCGCUCCCGCCCGGAGCCCGCCAAGAGCCGCCGCGGGGACCCCGAGCCGAGCCCCCCGUCCCAGCCCCGGGGGGACCCCAAAGCUGCGGCCGGGCGGGAGCCCCCCCACCCUCACCCCCACACCCCCGGGGGCCGCCCCAAAUCCAGCUCGGCCGGAGAGGGGCCCCCGCGGCCCCCGGCCCGCGAGCAGCGCCCGCUCUCGGGGCCCGAGCUGCGGCCCCCCGACGCCGGCGGCGCCCCCGGAGCGGGGCCGAAGACGGCGCCGGGACGCCCCUUCCACACCUACCCCCGCGCCGACACCGACCCCGGCCCGGGGGGCAGCGCCCAGGCCGAGCCCCACGCGGGGCGCCCGCAGGAGGUGACCCCCAACGGGCCGGUCCCCGGCGCCUCCCAGGCCCCCGGCGCCCCCCGCCCCAAAGCCCCGGAGCCCCCGGCCCCGGAGCCCCCGGCCCCGCGCGCCCCCGGCCCCGCGCCCGCCCCGGCCGGGGGCCCCCAGCGCGUGUCCCACGAGCAGUUCCGGGCGGCGCUGCAGAUGGUGGUGGACCCCGGCGACCCCCGCACCUACCUGGACAACUUCAUCAAGAUCGGCGAGGGCUCCACGGGCGUGGUGUGCAUCGCCACCGUGCGCGGCUCCGGCAAGCUGGUGGCCGUCAAAAAGAUGGACCUGCGCAAGCAGCAGCGGCGGGAGCUGCUCUUCAACGAGGUGGUGAUCAUGAGGGACCACCAGCACGAGAACGUGGUGGAGAUGUACAACAGUUACCUGGUGGGCGACGAGCUCUGGGUGGUCAUGGAGUUCCUGGAGGGCGGCGCCCUGACGGACAUCGUCACGCACACCAGGAUGUCCGAGGAGCAGAUCGCGGCCGUGUGCCGCUCGGUGCUGCGGGCGCUCGCCGUGCUCCACGCCCAGGGCGUCAUCCACCGCGACAUCAAGAGCGACUCCAUCCUCCUCACGCACGACGGGCGGGUAGGAGCCCCCAGAAAUCCCCCCCAAACUCCCCCCGACCCUUUGGGAUCCCGCCCUGAGUGGCCCCGGCCCCCCCGGCAGGUGAAACUCUCGGAUUUCGGGUUCUGCGCCCAAGUGAACAAGGACGUGCCGCGGCGCAAGUCCCUGGUGGGGACGCCCUACUGGAUGGCCCCCGAGCUCAUCUCCCGCCUGCCCUACGGCCCAGAGGUGGACAUCUGGUCUCUGGGAGUGAUGGUCAUCGAGAUGGUGGAUGGGGAACCCCCUUACUUCAACGAGCCCCCUCUCAAAGCCAUGAAGCUGAUCCGGGACAACCUUCCCCCCCGGCUCAAGAACGGCCACAAGGUGUCCCCGUCCCUGAAGGGGUUCCUGGAGCGGAUGCUGGUGCGGGACCCGGCGCAGCGGGCCAGCGCCCCCGAGCUGCUGCGCCACCCCUUCCUGGGCGUGGCGGGGCCCCCCGCCUGCAUCGUGCCCCUCAUGCGGCAGCACCGCCUGCGCUGAGACCCCUCCCCACCGCGGGGGAGACCCCGGCCCCCUCCUGCUCCUCCUGCUCGGCGGCACCCCCGAACCGGAGCGGGACCGGGGUGUUCUGGGGGGACGCCGGCCCCCCAACCUGUACUACUGAGCUGGGGACCCCACA